CCGCUCUGGCUCCCAGUCCCCGGAGGAGGCGGAGGGAGCCGCAGCUGCCCGGCCUGGGCACCAUGCAGCCGGGCAGGCGGUAGCGGCAGCCCGGGGCCAUGGCCACCUGGAAGCGGGACGGCCGGGUGACCGGCUGCCAGCGGCUGGGCUGCGCCGGGCUGGCCGGGGCGCUGAGCCUCAGCCUGACCGCCCCGCUGGAGCUGCUCACCGUCCUGGCCCAGGUGGGCGCCUCCCCGCCCUGGCGGGGGCUCUGGCAGGCGGGCCGCAGCGUCUGCCAGGCCGAGGGCCUCGGGGCCCUGUGGAAGGGGAACCUCACCGCCUGCCUGCGCCUCUUCCCCUACAGCGCCCUGCAGCUCGCCUCCUACCGCAGGUUUGUCAUGCUCUUUAUGGAUGACUUGGGCCACAUUUCCCAGUGGAGUGCCAUCAUGGCCGGAAGCCUGGCUGGCACGGUUGCAACCAUAGUGACUUACCCUACCGAUGUGGUAAAAACGCGACUCAUAGUGCAGAACCGGUUGGAGCCAUCUUACAAAGGGAUUCUUCAUGCUUUUUACAUCAUUUAUCAUCAAGAAGGAUUCCUUGCGCUUUAUCGCGGUGUUUCGCUGACUGUAUUAGGCGCUAUCCCAUUUUCUGCUGGCUCGUUCUUUGUUUACAUCAAUCUGAAUAAAAUAUGGCAAGAGCCCAGCUUUCGCUUCUCUCCUCUUCAGAACUUCAUAAAUGGCUGCCUAGCAGCUGGGGUAGCACAGACACUCUCCUUCCCCUUUGAGACCGUAAAGAGGAAAAUGCAGGCUCAGAGUCCUUGCCUUCCCCAUUAUGGAGGGGUUGAUGUCCAUUUUACUGGCAUGGUUGACUGUUUUAGGCAAACUGUAAAGACCAAGAGCGUGCUCGGACUCUGGUGUGGACUCACAGCCAAUCUGCUCAAGAUUGUCCCAUACUAUGGUGUUAUGUUUAGCACCUUUGAGUUCUGCAAGCGGGUCUGUCUCUACAGAAAUGGUUAUAUUGAAUCUCCCUUAAGCUACAAGCUAAUUCCUGGAGUGGACCAGAGUUUACAACCACAAGAGUUGCAAGAAUUAAAGUUUCUCCGAAGGGGAAAUUUUGAGCCGCCGAAGCCAACUCUUGAAAAUUGACAUUGGAAAGUCCAUUAAACAAAUGUAUGUUGCAGUCAUUCUCAGCCAAGUCCACAACCUGAAGAAAGCGUAGCAAAAAGGAAGACGCAUUGCACUAGAGGUAGCAACACCUCAGUUUACUGUACGGCCUUCCCUGGGAUUGAAACCCCCAUGUCAAACAUGAAUAAACCUUGUAACGCAUGUAGUGAAUUGAUACAAUCAAUUCAAGCUUAUCUGAAGGACACACACAUUUUGAAACUACUACAAUACUGGAACUUGAAAUCUACUCAUUUGGGGAUUUUUCAAUGCUGAAUAGCUUUUUAAUGCUAAAACCACUUGCAGAGAAUAAGUGAUGUGAGCCAUGAUCAUGAAUUAUGAUUUAUUUAAAAAUAUUAGGGAAGUUUAAAAACUUUUUUUAACACUUGAGAGCACUGAACACAGAGAAUUCAGAAUAGAUAUAUGGUUAAAAAUAGAAUAAAAUAUAUACUAUGUACGCAUUUCUACUGAAAUCUGUCUGUUACUGAUACAGUAUAGACUUGGCAUUCCGGAUAUGCAAUAUUUGUCCCCACAUAAUUCACAUUGUUGUCCUCCUAAUUCUUGUUUUCAGCUUUUGUAAAACUUAUUUGAGAACUGAAUAAUUUUCUGUGUCCCCAGUUGCAAAGAAAGAUGAAAACACGCUGCAAAGAUACUUUUGCCAAGAAAGAAUAGUAAUAUGUGAAACAGCGCUGAAAUGAUGAUCUCUUUGCCCACCCUAGUAUAUUUCUGCAAGUAUCUGAAUUAUUUCCGCUUUGGGGAAAAAACAAGACUGUUUAUAUGCUGUGUUCAUUUUGUUAUGACUAACUCUACCUACUACUGUGUGAAAAAUACAGAUACCAAACGCGUUAGAUAUUUCAGUGUUAACACCCUUAUAUGUUUGUCAAUAUUUUUAAAGGUGUAUUUUAUAUUAAAUUAAUUUUCAGA